AUGGCAACUAAUCAAGAAAUGCUAGAUCGCAUUAGCCAACUUUCUAUGGCUAUUCAACAAAAGCGAAUGUCACAGCAAACAGGGCAACAACAACAACAGUCAUACAGACCAUAUGCUAGGCCACCCAAUGUAUAUAGACCUACCUAUCCUGCUACAUACCGUCCAACAUAUAGACCCAAUCUAUACCGCCCACCACCCAAUUACAGUAGCUAUAGACCACCAGCGACAACAACAACCUAUCCUGCUAGAUCUACAACAGCUACACCACAAAGCCAACAUCGUCAGUUGAUCAAUCAACACAAUAAUACCAUUGUUAAAUCAGUUGAUCCGACCACAGGAAGACAACAAGUAUCCGUAAACGGUGUCGAGUUUAUCGUCAAGGGUAAAAAACUUGUCAGAAAGGAUGUACUUGAUAAGACGCCAACGUCUACUGCAAUCAAUGCACCCAAAUAUCUCGUUCGAAAGAUUAUCAAGAGGCCAAAGGGAGUCAAAAAUAGUAAAAACAAAGUAUUUAUUCGAGGAUUAGAAGGCUAUGUUCGUCAAGGACCAAAGGCGUUGGUGUUGAAAACAAGUCAACCAAAGAAGAAACGGUACUGUGGAUUCUAUACACGCUACGGUAAAUGUCCUAAUGCGGAUCGUUGUCAAUUCGUGCACGAUCCAUCUCACCGCGCAAUCUGUCCACGAUUUCUUCAAGGCAAGUGUCAGAAACAAGUGUGUCGACUGUCGCAUCAACCCAAUGAACAUAUCAUGCCACACUGCGUUCAUUUCCAAAAGGGGGCUUGUAAGAAUGAUCCUUGUAUCUAUCCUCAUGUACGUGUCAACCCUCAAGCGCCUGUGUGUAAGGCGUUUGCGAUGGAAGGGUACUGCCCUCGAGGAUUACAGUGUGAGGAAAAACAUAUUCAUGUCUGUCCAGAGUUUGCAGAAACAGGCAAGUGCUCGAAUGCUAACUGUCGAUUACCUCAUGUGGCUAGGAAACACGGUAAAGGAAUCAUCAGGUUGAGUAGCUGGGUAAGUCCACACUAUGCGCACGCUCAGAAGCAGAUCAAGGUAGAAAAAGACAAGGCCAUUGUUCAUGGAGCAAGGUCCCUUCGUUCUUCUUAUCCUGUAGAACAACAACAACAACCAGAAGUAUCAAGAGAAAAGGAAGAGGAAGAAGGAUUUGUGCGGUUAUUUGAUGACAGUGAAGAGGAUGAUGGAUGGAGUCAGUAUCAAAGAGAUGAUCUAGAUGAGAAUCAGAGUCAUUUCUUACGCUUUAAAGAAGAAGAAGAGGAGGAAGACGAAGAUGAAGAAGUAGUAGAAGAAGAAGAAGAGGAAGAUAAGGAUGAUGAGAGUGAUAUGGAAGAGGUAUAUGAAGAGAUGACAGAUGGAGAAGAAGAGAGAAAUGGAGAAGAGAAUCUACAACCAGUUUAA